AUGCAGCCGACGUGGCUGCCCGAUACGAAGGCCAGCGCACUGCUGGAUGAGCUUGAGGCGUUUUUCUCGCAAGGCAGCAGCACCGAUCGCCUGCGCCAAUUUAUCGGUGAAAAUGAGGACACAUUUGCUCUUAUUGCUUCUGAGAGUGCGGUGAACACCGACACAGAGGUUAGUCUGCGACUCUAUCAUCUAUUUCAGAAGUACGGCUCUCUGAUUGAGGCCAUAAUCGGCGAGUUCAUGGCUACCAUGGAGAAGCCGGAUGAGUCUGUGCUACAAUCCCUGACAUCCGCUAUUCAAGAGGAGUGGAAGUCGCCGAACGCGGCCUACCGGUGUGUCUGCACUAGUUACAUUGUGGCAUCCAUGGACUACAAGGAAUUCCUCGAGUUUGUCGAUGAUAUGUACAGCAUGACCCACUACAGGAUGCUCAUGGACGAAGACGACGACAGUGGGAAAGACGACAGUGAAGGGAUAGCUGGCGGCAACAGUGAUAGCGGCUGGCGGAUUCCAUGA